AUGCCCACUAUUUCGGUCGACAAGGCCGCUCUCUUCAAGGAGUUGGGCCGCGAGUAUACCACAGAGGAGUUUGACGAGUUGUGUUUCGAAUUCGGCAUUGAGCUCGAUGAGGAUACCACGAACCAAGACCGACCGAUUGUCGAUGGCGUCCAGGAGCCACCCCAGCUCAAGAUUGAAAUCCCAGCCAAUCGAUAUGACCUGCUUUGCUUUGAGGGAAUUGCCUUGAUGCUCAAUAUAUUUCUCAAACGUAAGGCGCUGCCCGAGUACAAAUUGGUCGAGCCUUCCAACGGACAACUGGAGGAGAUCAUCGUCAAGGAAAACACCACUCAGAUCAGACCAUAUGUUUCUGGUGCCAUUCUUCGAGGCGUCAAGUUCGACAAGGCCCGUUACGCAUCCUUCAUUGCUUUGCAAGAUAAGCUCCACCAAAACCUCGCCCGCCAAAGAACUCUGGUCUCCAUUGGUACACACGAUCUGGACACCAUCAAGGGCCCUUUCACCUACGAUGCCCUCCCUCCCAAGGACAUCAAAUUCGUUCCUCUCAACCAGACCCAAGAGAUGGACGGCGAGGAGUUGAUGACUUUCUACGAGAAGCAUCAACAACUCAGCAAGUAUUUGCAUAUCAUCCGCGACUCACCUGUGUACCCAGUAAUCUUCGACUCCCAGCGGACUGUUUGCUCCCUUCCUCCUAUCAUCAACGGUGACCACUCGAAGAUCUCUUUGGACACGACAAAUGUCUUCAUUGAGAUUACUGCUCUGGACCGGACGAAGCUCGAAAUCGUGAACCGUAUGAUGGUCACCAUGUUCUCUCAGUACACUACGGAACCAUUCACUAUCGAGCCCGUCAAGAUUGUGUCCGAACACAACGGUGAAACCCGAGUCACUCCCGACCUCGCUCCGCGAACCACCACGGCAGAAGUCUCAUACAUCAACCAAUGCUGUGGCCUGGAACUCUCUGCUUCUGAGAUCAGCAACCUCUUGACGAAGAUGGCAUUCCGUGCCAAGCCAUCGACCUCGAACCCUGAUACGAUCGACGUUGAAAUCCCCCCGACUCGUGCUGAUGUACUUCACCAAUGCGACAUUAUGGAGGAUGUGGCUAUCGCAUAUGGUUUCAACAAUCUCCCGCGAUCUUUCCCCAGCAAGUCGGGAACUGUUGCUCAGCCUCUCCCUAUCAACAAGCUUUCCGACAUUGUUCGCGUCGAGGCAGCUAUGGCUGGCUGGUCUGAAGUUCUGCCGCUCAUUCUCUGCUCGCACGAUGAGAAUUUCGCCUGGCUCAACCGCAAAGACGAUGGCAACACUGCUGUCAAACUUGCCAAUCCCAAGACCACUGAGUUCCAGGUCGUCCGCACCACCUUGCUCCCCGGUCUGUUGAAGACCAUUCGUGAGAAUAAGGCUCAUAGUGUGCCCAUGAAAAUCUUCGAGGUCAGCGAUGUUGCUUUCAAGGACAUGUCCUUGGAACGUAAGAGUCGCAACGAGCGCCACUUCGCCGCCGCCUACUACGGUAAGAGCAGUGGUUUCGAGGUCGUCCACGGCCUCCUCGACCGCGUGAUGUCUAUGUUGAAGAGUGCAUUCAUUAUCGCUGAAGAGGGUCUUGACAAUGCUGCGAUUGGCGAUUCACAGUACUACAUUAAGGAGCUGGACGAUCCUACCUAUUUCCCCGGCCACAGCGCCUCUGUCCAUUUGCGUGUCGGUGGAAAGGAUCAUAUGAUUGGUUCUUUUGGUAUUCUCCAUCCAACUGUUCUGGGCAAGUACGAACUCAAGUACCCCGUCAGCACCCUUGAGAUCAACAUCGAGCCCUUCCUGUGA